CUGGCGACAGUGUUCGGAGCGGGAGGCGGAACCUCGUCAUAUGAGGAGGUCGAGCAGGCCGAUGUGAUCCUGCUGUGGGGCUCCAACGCACGCGAGGCCCACCCGAUCUUCUUCCAUCACGUCCUCAAGGGUCUCGCCAACGGCGCUCGCAUGUACGCCAUCGACCCCCGGCGCACGUCCUCGGCCAAGUUCGCCGACCGCUGGCUGGGGCUGUCGGUCGGCACCGACAUCGCGCUGGCCAACGCGAUGGGGCGCGAGGUCAUCCAUGCGGGCCUGCACAACCUCACCUUCAUCGCCCGUGCCACCCAGGGUUUUGAGGCCUAUGCCGCCCACGUCGAGUCGUGCACUCUGGACUGGGCUGCCGAACAGACCGGCGUGCCGGCCGAGGCCAUCCGCGACAUGGCCCACGCCUACGCCACCGCGGACACCGCCCAGAUCCUUUGGACCCUGGGCAUCACCGAGCACCACAACGGGGUCGACAACGUGGUGUCGCUUUGCAAUCUGGCCCUGCUCACCGGCCAUGUGGGCCGCUGGGGCUCGGGACUCGUGCCGCUGCGGGGCCAGAACAACGUGCAGGGCGGCGGCGACAUGGGCGCCAUACCCGACAAGUUCCCGGGUUUCCAAGGCGUGGCUGACGACGCGGUGCGGGCCAAGUUCGAGGCCGCCUACGGCACCGAGCUCAACGCCGUCCCCGGCAAGCACCUGACGCUGAUGUUCGAGGCCAUGGAGGCCGGCGAGCUGCGGGCCUGCUACGUGAUCGGCGAGAAUCCCGCCGACUCCGAGGCCGACGUCGAGCACGCUCGCAAGCUGCUGGCCGGCCUCGACAUCCUGGUGGUGCAGGACAUUUUCAUGACCCGCACCGCGGAGAUGGCCGACGUGGUGCUGCCCGCGUCGGUGGCCUGGGCCGAGUCCGACGGCACGGUCACCUCCAGCGAGCGGCGGGUGCAGCGCGUGCGCGCCGCAGUGCCCCCGCCGGGCCAGGCCCGCCACGACAUCGACAUCAUCGGAGACCUGGCCCGACGCCUCGGCGUCGACUGGGGCCACCCCAGCUCCGAGGAGCUCUGGGACGAGCUGCGGUCGCUGUCGCCGAUGCAUGCCGGCAUGUCCUGGGAGCGCCUCGAGGCCUCCGGCGGCAUCCAGUGGCCGUGCCCGAGCGAGGACCAUCCCGGCUCGCUGUUCCUGCACGGCUGGCUGUGGGCCGACGACCUCGAGGGCCGCGACCCCGCGCCGUUCAGCAUCACCCACCACGCUCCCCCCAAGGAGCGGCUCACAGACGACUUCCCGCUGCGGCUCACCACGGGCCGGGCCCUCGACUCCUACAACACCGGGGUGCAGUCGGGCGGCUAUGUCUCGCCGAUCCGCUACGGCGACGCCAUCGACGUCAACCCCGCCGACGCGGCCGCGCUCGGCGUGGCCGACGGGGAGCGGGUGCUGGUCAGCUCGCCGCGGGGCUCGGUGGAGAUGGACGUGCGCGUUCAGCCGGACAUCCCGCGGGUCUCACAUUCACCACGUUCCACUUCCCGGAGCUGGUGGACGCCAACGUGCUGA